UUUGGGUUACGCGACCUGCUCUCCCUGUGUUUUAAUUGCGAAAAAAUUGCAGAAACGGCACAUCUAGAGACUCGAAAGGGCGUUCGAUUGGCAAACGAGUAUUUGGUUUCCGCGAAUUCGGCAAAGCCGCGAGUGCAAGUGCAGGAAAGUCGCCAAAAUUAAUGGCCACCGUCAAACCCGUCGUCUUUGUUUAACUUUUGGCUGUACGCUUGUGUAGUAGUAUAUGUGGUGAGAAGAAAGAAAGAAAAAAAUUGAGCAAAGAUUGGGGUGUAAUUCUCGGUUCAGCUGCGGAGCAAAGGCACACAGACUCGAUCUCACCUUCCAACAACUAUGCCAAGUGCAUCAUUUUCCUCUUCGAGAUCGUAUGUUAGGAGAUCGAGACGCCACAAAAACCGUGUUUCAUCAUCAGCUGUGCCAUGUGAAGGCCAAAAUAUUCCUGCACCCAAUUUAGGAUCAGCUCCGACAACUAGUGCUCCAACAACAACCUCAUCAUCAUCAUCAUCCAAUUGUAGCAGUAGUAGUAAUAAUACGUUAAGUACAUUAAGUAGCACUAACAACAACAACACUGGCGCAAACUCAAGUUCCGGGACAUCGGUAGCUUUAAACAAUCCCGCGAUUCCUAGCACCAGUUUAAACUCAUAUGCGACAUCCAGUGGUGGAAACAAUGGCGGUGGUGGUGUUGCUCCAUCUGCCUCAUCUUCGGCAACGGCUAGCACACCAGUGGUGAAUGCCAUGCCAACUCCAUUACAUCAACAGCAACAUCAAUCGCCCUAUGACCUUAGAAAAAAAUCGCCGCCGACGAACCAUGAUUUGUGGCCAUUGCCCGGCCACAGUGGUAUCGCACAGGCUCAACAACUAUUAAGUGCUGCCUCAUCUUCGUCUGCUAUCUCCACAGGAUCGAGUGCAUCAUCUUAUGAAGCAUUUAUGUUGCCCGCUCGAAAACGCCCACGUCGUACUUACGCCCAAAACAAUGACAAUGCGCAACAAUGUACUCCCCAUUACUAUGCCAUAAUGCCAGACGAGGUUAUCCUAACUAUUUUUUCCUACUUGACUGAGCAAGACUUGUGCCGCCUAUGUUUAGUGUGUAAGCGCUUCCAGACAAUCGCAAACGAUGCAGGUCUCUGGAAGCACAUAUAUCAAAGCGUAUUCGAAUAUGAUGUACCUUUGUUCAAUCCGGAGCCGAGCAAAUUUAUAUUUGUCAAGCCCGAGGACUCGGAAUACAUGAAUCCGUGGAAAGAAAGCUUCCGUCAAUUGUAUCGCGGUAUCCAUGUGCGACCCGGUUUCCAAGAUCGGUGGAAAACUCGAAACAUUGCCAUAUUCAAUACAGUUCAAGCGGCACUCGAUCAUGCCGAUGAACGGAACUCGGCCAAUGCGGCUGUCAGUGUCAGUAACUUAAGCUCACAACAACUCAUGCUCAAUCCUCAUCAGGUGGCAGCUGCUGCCAGUGCCCCGACUUCCGCUCAAUCGGGCAACCGUACAUCGCCUCCGUCUCCCGUGCCUGGAGAUGAAGCUGGUGGCAUCACCACCGACGGUCCGAAUGCGAUCAUCUUCAUUCAUGCCGGCAUGUAUCGCGGCGAAUUUUUAGUCAUUGAUUCCGAUGUCGCGCUAAUAGGAGCCGCACCUGGCAGUGUUGCAGAGUCCAUUGUGUUGGAACGAGAAUCCGAGUCGACCGUAAUGUUCGUCGAAGGGGCAAAGCACGCCUAUGUCGGAUACAUGACACUCAAGUUCAGUCCAGACGUGACCUCGACUGUACCGCAUCACAAGCAUUAUUGUCUCGAGGUGGGAGAGGGCAGUAGUCCCACAAUAGAUCACUGCAUCAUUCGUAGUACGUCCGUGGUGGGGGCAGCUGUGUGCGUCAGUGGUGUUGGAGCAAACCCUGUUAUUAAGCAUUGUGACAUUAGUGACUGCGAAAAUGUCGGAUUGUAUGUGACGGACUACGCACAAGGCACCUACGAACAUAAUGAAAUUAGUAGAAAUGCUCUUGCUGGAAUAUGGGUGAAGAACUUUGCGAGUCCCAUCAUGAGGGAGAAUCACAUUCAUCAUGGUCGUGAUGUUGGAAUAUUUACUUUCGAUAACGGAAUGGGUUACUUUGAGAAAAACGAUAUUCAUAAUAAUCGUAUUGCUGGCUUUGAAGUAAAGGCUGGCGCUAAUCCUACCGUCGUCAAGUGUGAAAUACAUCAUGGACAAACUGGAGGCAUUUACGUACACGAAAGUGGGUUAGGGCAAUUUAUAGAGAACCGUAUCCACUCAAACAACUUUGCCGGUGUUUGGAUCACAUCCAAUAGUAAUCCGACAAUCCGUAAAAACGAAAUUUACAAUGGUCACCAAGGAGGCGUUUACAUCUUUGGAGAGGGAAGAGGUCUGAUUGAACAUAACAACAUUUAUGGGAACGCUUUGGCAGGCAUUCAAAUCCGUACUACCAGUGAUCCGAUUGUUCGUCACAAUAAAAUUCACCACGGGCAACAUGGCGGAAUUUAUGUGCAUGAAAAGGGUCAAGGUUUAAUAGAGGAAAAUGAGGUGUAUGCAAACACACUGGCUGGUGUCUGGAUCACUACGGGCAGUACGCCGGUUUUACGACGUAAUCGUAUUCAUUCGGGCAAACAAGUGGGAGUAUAUUUCUACGAUAAUGGACAUGGGAAACUCGAAGACAACGACAUUUUCAAUCAUUUAUAUUCGGGUGUCCAAAUUCGCACUGGAAGUAAUCCCAUCAUCAAGGGCAAUAAAAUUUGGGGCGGACAAAACGGAGGAGUCUUGGUAUACAAUGGCGGCCUUGGAUUGUUGGAGCAAAAUGAAAUUUUCGAUAAUGCUAUGGCGGGCGUAUGGAUUAAAACUGAUUCCAAUCCUACACUGAAACGAAACAAAAUUUAUGACGGACGCGACGGAGGCAUCUGUAUUUUUAAUGGCGGGAAAGGUGUUCUAGAAGAAAACGACAUUUUCAGAAACACACAAGCAGGCGUACUGAUAUCCACCCAGUCGCAUCCAGUCUUACGGCGCAAUCGAAUUUUCGACGGCUUAGCAGCUGGUGUUGAAAUUACAAAUAAUGCAACAGCAACUUUAGAAUUUAAUCAAAUAUUCAACAAUAAGUUUGGUGGUCUUUGUCUGGCGAGUGGUGUCCAGCCUACAACGCGUGGCAAUAAAAUAUUCAACAACCAAGAUGAAGUGGAAAAAGCGGUUUCCGGUGGCCAAUGCCUCUAUAAAAUUUCUAGUUAUACAUCUUUUCCAAUGCAUGACUUUUACAGAUGUCACACUUGCAACACAACUGAUAGAAAUGCAAUUUGUGUAAACUGCAUCAAAACAUGUCAUGCCGGACAUGACGUUGAGUUCAUACGACAUGACCGCUUUUUCUGUGAUUGCGGAGCUGGUACAUUAACAAAUCAGUGCCAACUACAGGGAGAACCAACCCAGGACACCGAUACAUUGUAUGAUUCGGCGGCGCCAAUGGAAUCACAUACACUAAUGGUAAACUAGGGUAUUGUUAUCUACAUAAUGCUCUUUCAAGAUAGGAAAUUUUUGUUGUCAUGUAUAUCAUAAAAAUGAUAUACACAUCUACUUUUAGGUUUUUUGUGACUAAUAGUUUUAAUUGUUUAUUUCUAAUUUUAUAAAAAUGGAGCCAACACCAUUUUUAACAUUUCGCUUGUGUGCAUUAAUUUAUUUUGCAAGCUACGUAAUGUACUGAGAAAACCCAUAAGUUAUGUUAGCUCUAAUAAUUCAGGGCCUAUUAAUAAUAUUUGUGUGUAAUGCUUUGAUUAUAUUCUUAAAAAUUAUUAUCAUUAUAAAUAGUGAAAAAAAAAUAUUCAAAAUUAUUUUUAUACAAUUGCGCAAAAAAGUAAUCAAAUUUUGAUAUAGUGUUUGAGAAUGUGUUGAAUGUAUGUGACUUAUAUUCCGUGAGUGUUAGAAAAUUAUAGUUUUAUGUUGCAAAAACAUUUCAAAUUUAACAGUAGGCAUAUCUAUUAAUUAAAACUUUCGAACAUUAAAUAAUUUUUGAAAAUAAAAACUCGAAAGUUUAUUAACAUUAUUAUAGGCUAAUGAAUUUAGGAAAAUCAUAAAUUUUAAAAUAAAUUAUUAUGAUAUAAAAUGUACGUAAAUGUACAUACGUGGAUGUACAAAUAAUAAAAAAAAAAUUAUAAAGGUAUGUAAUUCAAAUAAAAAUCUCAUAAACUAAACUGUCUGCUUCCUCGGUAGCUGGAUAGGUUAAACACAAAAUAAUUUACAUUAAGAUCAUGACUUUAAAAAUAAUAUAUUUACAAUAAAGUAAUUUAUAUAGAAAGUAAACAAAUAAAUAGGCAUUUACUUCUUUUUAUUUCUGAAAAUACUCAGUAACAAUAUUUAUAUUGGUAUUUUUUUUUUUUUUGAAAAUUUCUGUACUUUUGUAUCAUAUUUAGAAGAAGAAAAAAAUAAACAAAUAUAAAUCAAGUCAAUCAUAUCCCUGCCGCAAUGCUUAAAACCUUUCCCGCCCUUUUCAUAAAGUAUUUUUGAUUGAUAUACUAAUAUUUUAAUCAAAUUUAGAUUAAAUUAAUGUUAUUACAUGUAAAAAAGAUAAAAAAAAAUAAACUUAGAAAACGAUAUUGCUUUGAAAAUUAAGUAUAAAUAUGUGAAUUAUUUUAUUUUAUUUUCUUGUGUAUAUUAUUAUACCUAAUUAACAUUUGAGUACAGAUAUUUUAUUUUUUAAGUUUGAGCUUUAUCUUAACAUAAUGCUCGUGGUUUUUAACGAUGUGUUAAAAAAAAUGAAAUGACCUAACAACAUUAAUAACAAUAUCAGAUAAAGUAUUAAUAGCAGAUAAGAAUAAAUCCUUAUUUAUAUACAAUUAUAAAUUCAAUCAUAAUAAAGAAAUUGUUAAACAAGAAAACACACAACUAUUAUUAAUAUUUGUGAUGAUAAGACUUGGAUGAAAUAUACUUAAAUACACUCAAAUUUGAAAAAACAACAAUUAUUUAGAAUAUUGUAUAUAGCUUAAAAUCCAACCAAUUAUUUUUAAAUCGAUAAUAAAGGCCCCAGUUUGUUUUUUAGUCACUUAUUUCAAACCUUAAACCUUUAAACAUACCUUCUUUGGGCUUCAAUUUAUAGUACUACUUUUUAAACUUGUUUCUCCUUUUAUGACAGUUAUAUGAAAAGAAAUACAAUACGAAAAGAAAAGAAAAUUUAAUGGAAUAAAAAAGUAAUAAUGUUGUAGCCUUCCAAAAAAUAUAAAAAUAUCGCAAAUCUUAAACAGGAAUCCUACGAUUAGCAUAAAUGAGAAUAAAAAAUCUACCAUUUACUAAAUUAUUAUCAGCCAGGAGAUAAAGAUAGCACAUACAUUCACAAAUAUAACAAAGUGUAAUGAGU